AUGGCGGAAAACGAUUUGUCAAGCGCAUUUCGACUCGCUGAUCCAACAGAUAAGGAGCAAUUCUUUUCUCGUCUUAGACAGUUGGAUGUCAACAACGAAAUCGAACUAGCGGCCUUUCUGAACGAUUACAAGUACCGAAAACUGGUUGUGUCUGGUUUUAACCGCGAUCUUGUCAUAGUUGGCCGAAAUGAAUCGACUGUCUUCGAUGAUUUUACAUUGCAAGUGUGGAAGAAGUAUUACAUAGAGGAGGAUGUUGUUCAGAUCGGUGUUUUACAGAGCAGCCUAUCUUUCCCGGUAGAGGUAACUGGCUUUUGUGUAAAGUUUCCUUGAUUUUGUACUGUGUAUGCAUGCAGUAAAUCAUACCAUGUUUUUUGGCUGCUAAUUCGCUGAGCUUAUAUUUCAGUGCGAAAAGGUUCUUAUAAAUUUAUUUCGCUUUAUUAUCUAUGUCCUUUUAUUAAAGUUGGUCAUCAAUCAUUCUUAGUACAGUGUUGAUCGCUUAUCAUGGGUGGUAUUAAAGACUAGAUGAUGUGUUUAUGUACAUGGAAGCUUUGCUGAAUAUUAGGUUACAAAAUUUAUAUGGUGCUAGUCAAUAGAUGUGUAUUUAAGCUUAAUUUUUGUUUUUAGUGGUCUUGUUUAUAUUCUUUGAGAUUUCUUGAAUUUUAAAUGCCAUUGUCUCCCCCACUUAAAAUUCCAAAGCUGCAACUGACAGAAAGAAUUUUUUCCUCAUUCAGAUAAUAGCAAUAAUUUUUUUACAUCUCCUAACUAAGAAAUGUUGGUAACCGUUAUUUUAAAGUGUCAAUAACGAUGUACCCGGCUUAACUACCCAAACUAAGUUGAACGUUUUAUUAUUUAAACUCAAUCGAACUUAGUCUAAUGAUUCGGUUCGAUUAAGUUCGGUAAUCGAACACAAUUUAUUGAACUGUCACAAAAAAAAAGUUUCAGUAAUUGAACCCAAUGGAACUUUAAUUGGGUUCAGUUAGGUCCGAUGGUUGAAGUUGCAUGCAUUCUAUUAAAAAUGUGAUGUCACACGGGAAAAUUGCGCAUGUUCUGCUGAAUGUUUCCUUUUUCUAGGGUGUCUUAUGACUAAGUACAUUCCAGAAGUGGUUGUAGUGGAUCAGUGUAGGGUAUUUUUUGGAGCGAAAAGGUAUACAAGAACACCUGGAAGAACAAGACUAAUUUGCCAUACAACUUUAUCCUUUAAUCCAUUUAAUCAACCUCCUCAAUCACAGUGUGAAUAUUAUGCUUCGUCAAAGAGUUUUUAACUUUACAGCGUCCCUUUUAGGUUAACUGUUACUGUCACUCACACCAGCACAUUCAGAAUUCCUCCAUGUUUGUACACUCAACCUAUUGUUCAUUUCAUCUGACUCUUUUUUGGUUCUUUGCUGAUUUCCAGGUGAUUUCUUUGCUUCUUUCCUGACUCUUUGCACACUAAAUGACUUUUAAAAAUCCUUGUCUGCUUCGAGUGUUGGUUUAGAACGUUCGAUUACAAGUUUGAUUGAGUUGGAAAACGAAAUUAAUCAAUUUCUCAGGCAAAUUUUUCGGUUUGAUAAAGUUCGAUUACUGAACAGUUCGAGUGGUCACCAUGGGCGACCAUGGGCAAUAUGGUGAGUACACCAAAAAACUUUUAAAAAAUAAUCAUUAACUUUCACAGUCUUUUAAAUCAGUAUUUUUAUGUUAUUUCUGUAACCUCUUAGUACUUAAAGAUAAUUUGCAUAAAAUUAACCUGGAAAAGAGUAUCUUCACACGUGAAAAAAACAUGUUAUCCUCACCUUCAUAUGCGAAGAUAACAUGUGUAUUAUUAUUGUAUAUAAUUUAUACCAUGUGCCUUUCGCAAGCAAAAAACAUUUCACUUGUUCGUUGCAUUCACUUGUAAAAUAUUUUUCCAUACUCAUAGAGAAAUUUUGUUUCUCAGACUCUGAGUGACCAUGUAAUUUCCUCUAUCUAUUUGAUUGAUAUAACUGAAUAUAUUUUUAGGGUGUCUUUGUUGGCAAGUCCUCCGGACGUGUUUAUGUUUGUCAAGAGUGUGAUGAUUACCAGGAACAGUGUAUUGUAUGCAUUGCGUACAGUUUGGAGCACUUCCUGGUCCGUGGUCCCCAGAAGCUGCUGGAGUAUAAUAAACCGCAGUGCCUCUUUGAGAACUGUUAUGGAUGCUUUGAUCCAUUCAUUAAGGAUAGGGUCCUUAGCUCUAUAGGUUGGUAGAGUAUAAUCAUGACCCAAUUCAAAGACAAUUAUUUCAGACUGUUAUGAAAUAUUAUACAAUAUUGUUUACAGUGCAAUAUUGCAAGCUAAGUAAAUUAUUUGAGGGCAGUGCUCUAGUAUUUCUGAAGUAUUUGUGUUCAAGCAACUGUGGGAAAUGCUGACAUUUCUGUGUAUUUGCUGUAAGCUCCGUCAGUUAUCAGAGAGCUUUAGAUUCAAGGACAAGAAUGACUAUAAUGACAAGAUUUAACUCUUUGCUAAAACCUGUUGUAGAAUGACAUCGACUUUGGUGUUUUCCCACCAAUAUGGCACUUCUUCAUGUGUGCACACUACUAAGUAGUUGUCCUAAGUCUUAGAAUCUAAAUUAAGGUCUCUACUGUCUUUUUCCCAACUCCUUGGAGCAGUGCGGCAUUUUUUUUUCCAGUAGGGCUAAAAUGACUCUUACUGGAUUUUUACAAAAAGUGGGUGACUUGUCGUAGUGUUUGCUAGUUGCAAUUGAUUUUGAGCUAUUUUCACUUAAUUUAUUUUAAUACUUUUUUUAAGAAUCAGUCUCCUAUUAGUGGUAUUGUAUAAAUUAAAUAAUUACACUAUUAUCUUAAAUACCAGACCAUCGAACUGAAGUCAUGGAUUAAUACAUGUACCAUUAAUGCAGAGCAAUUUUUACCCCUAAAUGGGACACACUUGUCCAAGCUCUUAGAUUUCACGUUAAUGGCAGUACCGUGUUGUUAUCAUGCUUGAAAAACGGCAACAUAACCAUUCCCUAUCAUUAUACUGCUGUAUUCAUCCUACCUGAUCAAAAUUCUUUGCGUAUAAGCUUUUAGCUUCAUAGCUUCAACCCAAGUCACACAUGAAACUGUAACUAUGUGCAUGCAUAAUAAUCCUUGUAGAGAUCUCCAGAAAUGGACACCUGCAUGUACUUGUAUCGUUAGUGUUAUACCAGUUCCACAAGAGAUUAACAGUCCACAAAUUUUUCCUGGAAUUUUCACGGUACCAAAUAGGUUUCUACGAUCUCUGCACACAGAACUGAGAAAAACGUUCUCCGUGCAGAUUGAAAUCCUAGGGCUUGCUUGUUGAUGAAUAUUAUUUUUGACAAUAAUUUUAAGUGCGCAUGCUCUUAGAAGUUGAUAGUUCGAUGUUACUAGAAGCUUUUUCCAUCUUUAUCAUCAUCGUCAUCACCAGUUUUAAUCCUUACAAUAAUAAAUAAUUUAUUAUUGUUCUUUGCAUUUUUAAGAACUUGGCCAAUAUCCAGCCAUCUUGACCUCACUCAUGAACAAUAUCUACUUUAUUAGUUAACCUCGUCCAUUCGGUCAUUACAGGGAAGUCUCAGACUGAGGCCUUGAUGUGUUGUGUAUUGACCAAGUGAUAGCGAGGUCAAUACAUCAAGGCCCAAGUCUGAGAUUUCCCUGUAUUGACCGAAAGGGGGAGGUUAAUAAGUUAUUUACUAUGUGGUUUUUUCAUUUUGGAACUGAGCAUGCGAUCAAUUAAAACCAACAACUGGUCAGCAGAUAACUUUAAGAGAAGACAUCACCUCAAUAAGUUGUACACUUGAGCCGGUGAGUUGUACAAUGGUCAGCGGAUACCCUUUUUUACAGCUGUCAAAUUGACCAUAACAUGGAUGUCCAUAAGGAUGUCCACUAUGCCUUGGACACCCAGCUAGUAAUGCUCAAUCCUUACAUGAAAACAGCCAAUCAGAGCGCAUAUACCAUUGUAGCCAAAAUUACAGUGUAAAAAAAUUAUGAGAAUUAAUAUAAAAAGAAAAGUAUGCGAGCACUGAACAUGUUACAGUAAGUGUGUAAGUAAUUAUUACUGUUAUUAUUAUAAUAUAACAGUGCCACCUUAUAAUUUUGCCAGUUUAAAGGUAGUCUCCUUCGCAGCCGCUCGUGCUGGAGUCAUGCAAGCUCCUUGCUCCCAAAGUGGUGUGCGCAGAUGGACCUGGGGCCAAUACAGUGCCCGCAAACAAGGUCUCGACCUUGUACUUGGGAAUUGCUCCAGUGCCCAAAUGCGGGAGUGGGUACUUGAAAAAAGGUUGUGUUCACGUUAGUGCCCAGGGAGUUCUUUACUUCAUUACAGUGCCCCGCAACCAAGUGUAAAUGCUGCUAUAGCUGACUUUACUUGACCUCAUCUAGUCCCAAUCUGGACUCCAACUACACAAGUUUUGUUUGUUCCCCUUAAGUGAGCCAUACAACCCCCCUAGCUGAUGGACUAAACGUGCGUUCCCUCUUUGCAGUCUAAACCAUCUUGAUUUGAAUCAACUUGGCUUGGUGUGGGUUACAUUUCAAAACAGAUUAGUUUUGUUGUCUGAAAACACCAGGACCCAGUUUUUCAAAUGUUGGAUAGCAACAUCCCCUGGAUAAGUAUUAGCAAAGCCAGUUACAAAACUGCUGUCCAGCUUUUGAGCAACUGGGAUCCAUCUUGUCACAUUGGUUAGUUGAUUUGUUUACUAAUAAACUGAUGCGUCUGGCAUGGA